AUGCCCAAUUCCCUCACAAACAUUGAAGUUGAAAACUUUAAGCUAAAUCUCACUAUGCAUGUACAGCCCAAUGACCAAGGCAUCAUUCAUUGUUUCAAGGCCCAUUACCAUGCCCAGUUCAUCAGUUGCGCAAUCAAUCACUACAAUGCUGAUGUCAUGCCCUCCAAAGUUUAUAACAUUGACCAACUUGAAGCUAUGCGGCUUGCUCAAGAUGCAUGGAAUAGGGUGGACACAACUACCAUCCAAAAUUGCUGGACAAAGGCUGGUAUUCUACCUGACUUGCCACCAUCUCAAAUGCAACCCACUGUUCCAAUCUUGUCCCUCAUCCACGCAGCAGCCACUGUAAUCUAA